AUGGCGGCGCGCGCCGACGGGCUGCCCCCGCGCGCGCCGGGCGGCCCGGUGGUCCGCACGGUGGAGAUGCACGCGGGGGGCGAGCCGCUGCGGGCGGUGCUGCCGGGCGGGCUGGCCGGGCUGGAGCCGCCGGGCGGCCUCCCGCUGCUGGAGCUGCGCCGCCGCCUCCUGGCCUCGCCCGAGCUGGACGGCCUGCGGCGCCUGCUGAUGCACGAGCCCCGCGGCCACCGCGACAUGUACGGGGCGCUGCUGGUGCGCAGCGAGAGGCCCGAGGCGGCCGCCGGCGCCCUCUUCGUCCACAACCAAGGCGCCAGCUCCAUGUGCGGCCACGCCGUCCUCUGCCUGGCCCGCCUGGCCCUCGACUACGGCCUCCGCCCGCCGCCCCCCGCCGCCCCCGCCGAGGUCCCCGUCCCCAUCCACUGCCCCUGCGGGCCCGUGGUCGCCUUCGCCUCCUGGGACGGGCAGCGCAGCGGCAGCCGCGUCCGCUUCCACAGCGUGCCCGCCUUCGUCGCCGCCGCCGACCUAACAGUUGAUGUUUCUGGCUAUGGGAAAGUGGUGGUUGACGUUGCGUAUGGUGGUGCAUUUUAUGCAUUUCUCAAUGCUGAAAGGCUGGGCCUUGAUGUCUGUUCUUCGAAGCAUAGGGAUCUUGUAGAUGCAGCAUCUGCAGUAACCGAAGCAGUGAAAGCCCAGUUCGAAGUUUGCCAUCCUCUUAUUAAAGACGUGAGCUUCCUUUAUGGGACUAUCCUGACAGAUGGAAAGGAUGCCUUUAGUGAUGAACCAACCAGCAACAUCUGUGUGUUUGGAGAUGCACAGGUGGACCGAAGCCCCACCGGGUCAGGUGUGACAGCUCGCAUUGCCUUACAGUACCAUAAAGGACUCAUUCAGCUGGGCCAGACGAGGACUUUCCGAAGCAGCACAACUGGUUCCUUGUUCACUGGGAAAGCCGUGAAGGAAGCUAAAAGCGGCGACCACAAUGCUGUUAUAGUCGAAGUCUCGGGAGAAUCCUUUUAUACUGGAACGUCAACCUUCACUCUGGAGGAGAACGACCCGCUGAAAUUUGGGUUUCUUCUGAAAUGAUUUUAGCUUCAGCCUUUCUAGUAACCGUGAUCAAAAAAGUGGUCUGUUUUGCC